AUGUCAGUUCCUGUUCCUCAAUUAGUAAAUAUUUCUCAUGCCUUGCAAGCUUCCACUAUCCAACAAAUUCGUUUGGAUAUGGUAGAUUUUAAUAAAGAUUGCAAAUUAUCUUCCCUUCAACUAGCAAGAAUUGACAAGUAUAUCGAUUCAUUGCAAGCAGCUUUAAAUCAAUUUACCAAAGACAACUUGCACAUCGAACAGAAGGACGAGCAUGUGACUGCUGCAGAUGUACAACUAUAUUCCGGUUUAAAAUCAAUGUAUUUAGAUUAUUUGAACCAGUUAAUUAAACUAAAACAUGACAAGCAACGCCAUUCUACACCUCCCAUUGCCAAUGAUGUUUCAUUGGACUUUUUCGCCAACCAGUUGCCCAAGUUUUCUUCCGAAGAAAGGAAAAGCUACAUUGAUAAUCUGAUCCUGAAUAAAAACAGUCAUAAUCGGUUGUCUAAAAUGGACGGUUUGGUGGAUGCCGUCAUCAACUUAUGUGUCUUGGAUACUUCCGCUAGUGAAAAUGUACGAUCUUAUAUGAAGCUAUUAGAUACUUUGGGUUUCCAAAAGGGUUCGAACAACACUAGUGCAAAGGCGAAGCUCAAAAAGAAAUUAACCAGUUCAAAAGUAAAAAUAAAGGAUUCAGAAAAAGAAAAAGAUAGGUCCAAAACCAGGCCGAAAACUAAACUAAGACCUUCACCUCUGCUUAAUAACGAUGACAGCACCUCUUUACCAUUGCCUUCUGCAUCAGCUUCUUCAGCAAAAAAAUUGAAAUCGGGCAUAUUCGAUAAGAAUGGAGUCAAUCCUUCUACAGAAGCUUCAACUUCUUCUUCCAAGAAAAAAUUAUCGUUCUCAAAGUAUCUGAAUAAAGAUGAUGCGGAAACUACUAAACCCGGGACCAAACGAUCGUUGGAUCUGGGCUUUAAGGUCGACGAAGAGACAGCCACAGCAGCGUCUAAUAUUGCAUCGUCUUCAUCGUCAGUAUCAUCAUCGACCACAGCAGUAGCAGUCCCUGUUUCUCCAGAAGAGCCCUUGAAGAAGAAAACUAAAAAAUCGGUACAGGAACCUAAUAUACAAUCAGUUUUGAGAAAUGGUAAACCAAAGAAAACACAUAUAAGUAACAUCAAAUUUCUGGAUGACUCUCAACUAAUAAAAGUUUAUGGUGAUGACCUACCGAACCACGGGCUACAAGUUUCACCUGCCCAGUUGAAAAAGAUUUUGAAACCGUUUAGGGAAGGGGAACCAAAGGAAGUCAUACUGUUUGAGGAUAUGUCAAUCUCAUUGAAACCUCUGGAUUUGAAGUUCUUGAAAAACACAGACACCAAUGAUUACAUGGACAUAUCCGAAACCAAAGGUGGCCCGAUACACUGCGAAACAAGGACCCCGUUGAUCUAUAGAAACAAUUUCAAUCAUUUCAAUCCGGACUUGAAUAGGAGGCCCCCCCGAGAGCCGAUAGAAUUCGAUUUGAAUGGAAACGCAAAUUCGAAUCCUAUUAUUGCGAAGGCGUUCGGUAAAAAUAGUCUAUUAUUGAGGAAGGAUAGAGGUGGUUUGCCGUACAAGCACGUUCCCAUAGUAAAAAGGAAUAAGUACCCUUCAAGACCCGUACGCUAA